AUGUCUUCUCAAGUACGCGUCGCAGUUACCCAGGCAGAGCCUGUCUGGCUAGACUUGGAUGCGACCGUGAAAAAGACGUGUGAUCUUAUUGUGGAAGCAGCUGCGAAUGGCGCUCAGUUGGUUGCUUUCCCCGAGUGUUGGAUCCCGGGAUAUCCUGCCUGGAUUUGGACACGACCUGUUGACAUGCGCCUGUCAUCUACUUAUAUACAAAACUCCCUGAAGAUCAAUUCCCCGCAGAUGGCCAGCAUCCAGAAAUGCGCAGCAGAGAAUGAAAUAAUCGUCGUUUUGGGCUUUUCCGAGAACCUGCAUAACUCCCUGUAUAUCUCGCAGGCUAUUAUUGGAAGUGAUGGGAAGAUCCUCACCACCCGCAAGAAAAUCAAGCCCACUCACAUGGAGCGGACCAUUUUCGGUGACUCGUUUGGAGACUGUCUGCAGAGUGUAGUCGACACAUCAGCCGGUCGCGUCGGUGCUCUUUCCUGCUGGGAGCACAUCCAGCCUCUACUGAAAUAUCACACUUAUGCCCAGAGGGAACAGAUUCAUGUCGCCGCAUGGCCGCCUCUUUUCCCUCACAACGAAGACGGUUCCUUGUUUUCAAUGUCCAGCGAGGGCACCAGUUCCAUUGCGAGGACAUAUGCUAUCGAAAGCCAGUCUUUUGUCCUUCAUACCACGACAGUGAUAGGCCAGUCGGGUAUAGACCGAAUGGCAACACAUGGUGGUGCUCUGAUGAGCACCCCUGGCGGAGGCUGCUCCGCCAUCUUCGGGCCUGACGGCCGCCAAUUAUCGCAGCCCAUUCCCAGCACAGAAGAGGGCCUUAUUUACGCUGAUCUCGACUUGGAUCACAUUUACCACUCCAAAGCCUUUGUGGAUGUCUGUGGACACUAUAGCCGACCGGACCUUCUGUGGCUGGGUGUGGAGGGCAGUGUUAAGCGCCAUGUAAGGGAGAAUGCAGCUACUGUGGCAGCAGAAGCGGAGCAGCAGGAGCAAUAG